AUGAGUCGAAUUUUAGAACAAAGGAAAAAAGUGUACAAAAAUAAAUAUGUUUUUGAUUCCGAGGAAUUAUUCCAAAAACGUCAAAAACAGCAAAUUGAAAUUCGUCGUCAAAGUCGUGAACAGGUUUUAGCUAGUCGCAGAAAUUAUCAAGUAGCUGUUUUUAACAAUGAUUUAUCCAACAUUGAUUCAAAUGAUAAUUCAAUAUCUUCAAGGAAUUCUACAAAUGAUAAAAUCAAUACGGCAAGUAUUUCACCCAUUCAUUUAUAUGGUGAUAUUUCACCAAUUCAACAACUUGGAGAAAUAAGGUCUACAAACAUUUCACCUAUACCUGAUCUGGGUGAAAUGAGUACUUGUCAUCACCUUUCUGAAAUAGUUGAAGACAUAAAUUCUAAUAGUGUGGAAAGACAAUUGAUCUCUCUCACGAAAAUUAGAAAAAUUUUGAGUAAAGAACGCAUUCCACCAAUUCAACAAGUUAUUGAUUGUGGAAUUGUUCCUAGAUUUGUACAAUUUUUGACAUCAAUUAAUAUGAGUCUCCGACAUGAAGCUGCUUGGGUUAUUACAAAUAUUGUAACUGGAAUAUCUGAUCAAGUACAAGUGGUAAUUAAUGCUGGAGCAUUACCCGUAUUUAUGGAUCUUUUAAAUAGUUCAGAUAGAAAACUUCAAGAUCAUGCUCUUUGGGCAUUAGGAAAUAUUGCUGCUGACUUUCGUGAACUCGUAUUACGCACAGGUAAUCUUGGUGAUUCUUGUUUACGUAUUAUUGAUGAAAUUUCUGAGCCUUGUUCAGUAUUACGUACAAUGGCAUGGACACUUUCGUCAAUUUGUCGAGGUAAAAUAUCUAUUAACGAAUGGCCUUUAAUUAAACCAACUCUUCCGGCCAUAUCCCGACUCAUCAAUUAUAAAGAUGAUGAGAUACUUCAUAAUAUUUGUUGGGCUUUAAGUUUUCUCGCAGAUGGCAGUACUGAACAAAUUGAUGCUAUUAUUAAUCUUGGAGUUUGUCCUGAUCUUGUUAACCUAAUGUUACAUGAAUCAUAUGAUGUUCAAACUGCCGCUUUAAGAUGUGUAAGACAUAUUGUUGCUGGUAACGAUUUACAAACGCAAGUGAUUCUUGAUUGUGGAGUUCUCACGGUUUUGAAAAUAUUACUUAUUAGUAAUCAAGCAUCAAUUCGAAAGGAUGCAUGUUUUAUUCUUUCAAAUAUUACGGCAGGAAAUAUUGAUCAAAUUACACACGUAAUUCAUGUUGGAUUGAUUCCUUUGGUUAUUAAUCUAUUGACUAAUUCAGAUUUUCAAACUCAAAGGGAAGCAUGUUGGGUAAUACAUAAUGCAAUAAAGAAAAGUUGUUCUCAAACCGAGUUAACAAUUUGUAUAAUUCGACAAGGAUGUAUUCAACCACUUGUCAACGUGUUAAGUUAUAUGGAUAAUGAUAUUAUAUUUGUUGCACUUCAAGCGAUUUGGAUUAUUUUACAAGUUGGGGAAACUCUUACCAUAGAAAAUAAUGGAGAAAAUCCCUAUUCACUAACAAUAGAAGGAUGUGGUGGUAUGGAACGUAUAAAUAAUUUUCAAUUUAAUGAAAAUAAGGAUAUUCGAUUAAUCGCAUAUCAAGUUAUGGAUAAAUUUUUCUCAGAAGAGAAUGAAGAACGAUUAAUAAAUGAAUCCUAUACAAAUGGCAAGAGAUUAAGCUCUGACAACAAAUAG